AUCCGCCGGGGCUAUGGCCGCAGAAGAGGUAUUGCAGACUGUGGACCAUUACAAGACUGAGAUAGAGAGGCUGACCAAGGAGCUCACGGAGACGACCCACGAGAAGAUCCAGGCUGCUGAGUACGGGCUGGUGGUCCUGGAAGAGAAGCUGACCCUCAAACAGCAGUAUGACGAGCUGGAGGCAGAGUACGACAGCCUCAAGCAAGAGCUGGAGCAGCUGAAAGAGGCAUUUGGGCAGUCCUUCUCCAUCCACCGGAAGGUUGCUGAGGAUGGAGAGACCCGGGAGGAAACACUUCUGCAAGAGUCUGCAUCGAAGGAAGCUUACUAUCUGGGGAAGAUCUUGGAGAUGCAGAACGAACUGAAACAGAGCCGGGCUGUGGUCACUAACGUUCAGGCAGAAAAUGAGAGGCUCACGGCUGUCGUGCAGGAUCUGAAGGAGAACAAUGAGAUGGUGGAGCUACAGAGAAUACGGAUGAAGGAUGAAAUCCGAGAAUACAAAUUCCGAGAAGCCCGCCUCCUUCAGGACUACACUGAGCUGGAAGAAGAAAAUAUCACGUUGCAGAAACUCGUGUCCACGUUAAAGCAGAACCAGGUUGAAUACGAAGGCCUAAAGCAUGAGAUUAAGCGAUUUGAGGAAGAAACCGUGCUGCUCAACAGCCAGCUGGAAGAUGCCAUCCGGUUGAAAGAGAUUGCAGAGCACCAGCUGGAAGAAGCCCUUGAGACCUUAAAAAACGAGAGGGAACAAAAGAACAUCCUGCGGAAGGAGCUCUCCCAGUAUAUCACCCUCAAUGACAACCAUCUUAGCAUCUCUGUCGAUGGACUCAAGUUUGCGGAGGAUGCGGGUGAACCGAACAAUGACGACAAAAUGAAUGGGCAUAUCCACGGGCCCCUUGUGAAACUCAAUGGAGACUAUCGGACUCCCACUUUAAGGAAAGGAGAGUCUCUACACCCCGUUUCUGACUUAUUCAGUGAGCUGAACAUUUCAGAAAUACAGAAGUUAAAGCAGCAACUUAUGCAGGUAGAGCGGGAAAAGGCCAUUCUUCUGGCCAAUCUCCAGGAGUCACAGACGCAGCUGGAACACACGAAGGGGGCGCUGACAGAGCAGCACGAACGGGUGCACCGGCUAACAGAACACGUUAAUGCCAUGAGAGGCCUACAGAGCAGCAAAGAACUCAAGGCUGAGCUGGAUGGGGAGAAGGGCCGGGACUCAGCGGAGGAGGCCCAUGACUAUGAGGUGGACAUCAAUGGCUUAGAGAUCCUUGAAUGCAAGUAUAGGGUGGCAGUAACUGAGGUGAUUGAUUUGAAAGCUGAAAUUAAGGCCUUAAAGGAGAAAUAUAAUAAAUCUGUAGAAAACUAUACUGAUGAAAAAGCCAAGUAUGAGAGUAAGAUCCAAAUGUAUGAUGAGCAGGUUACAAGUCUUGAAAAGACCACCAAGGAGAGUGGAGAGAAGAUGGCCCACAUGGAGAAGGAGUUGCAAAAGAUGACCAGCAUAGCCAACGAAAAUCACAAUACCCUUAAUACAGCCCAGGAUGAGCUGGUGACAUUUAGUGAGGAGCUAGCCCAGCUUUACCACCAUGUAUGUCUGUGUAAUAACGAAACCCCCAACAGGGUCAUGCUGGACUAUUAUAGGCAAAGCAGAGUCACUCGUAGUGGCAGCCUGAAAGGGCCUGAUGAUCCCAGGGGACUUUUGUCUCCACGAUUAGCCAGGCGGGGUGUGUCAUCCCCAGUAGAAACAAGGACCUCAUCUGAACCAGUUUCAAAAGAAAACACAGAGGCCAGCAAAGAACCAAGUCCAACCAAGACCCCCACAAUCUCUCCUGUUAUUACUGCCCCACCAUCAUCUCCAGUAUUGGAUACAAGUGACAUCCGCAAAGAGCCAAUGAAUAUCUACAACCUUAAUGCCAUAAUCCGGGACCAAAUCAAACAUCUGCAGAAAGCUGUGGACCGGUCCUUGCAACUGUCUCGUCAAAGAGCAGCAGCACGGGAGCUGGCCCCCAUGAUUGAUAAAGACAAGGAAGCCUUAAUGGAAGAGAUCCUCAAGCUCAAGUCCCUGCUGAGCACCAAACGGGAGCAGAUUGCCACACUGAGAGCAGUACUGAAAGCCAACAAACAGACAGCUGAGGUGGCUCUAGCUAAUCUCAAGAACAAAUAUGAAAAUGAGAAAGCAAUGGUGACUGAAACUAUGACGAAGCUUAGAAAUGAACUGAAGGCUUUGAAAGAAGAUGCAGCAACUUUCUCAUCCCUGAGAGCAAUGUUUGCAACAAGAUGUGAUGAGUAUGUCACACAGUUGGAUGAGAUGCAGAGACAGUUAGCAGCCGCAGAGGAUGAGAAGAAGACUCUAAACACUUUGUUACGAAUGGCUAUCCAGCAAAAACUCGCCCUGACCCAGCGGCUGGAGGACUUAGAGUUUGACCAUGAGCAGUCCCGACGCAGCAAAGGCAAACUUGGAAAGAGCAAGAUCGGCAGCCCUAAAGUAAGUGGGGAGGCAUCAGUCACCGUGCCCACCAUAGACACUUACCUCCUGCAUAGUCAGGGCCCACAGACACCCAACAUUCGGGUCAGCAGUGGCACUCAGAGGAAAAGACAAUUUUCACCUUCCCUUUGUGAUCAGAGCCGUCCCAGGACUUCAGGGGCUACCUACCUACAGAAUUUAUUAAGAGUUCCCCCUGAUCCCACCUCCACAGAAUCAUUUCUUCUGAAGGGCCCCCCUUCCAUGAAUGAAUUCAUCCAAGGGCACCGGCUCAGCAAGGAAAAAAGGUUAACCGUGGCUCCACCAGCAAAAAGAGAUUGUCAGCAGCCUGCUGCCUCCGUACCGCCACAGUGCUCACAACUAGCCGGGAGGCAAGACUGCCCAACUGUCAGUCCUGACAUAGCUCUCCCUGACGAGCAGCCACAUUCCAGCCCGCAGUGCGCCCCUCUCCACUGUCUCUCCAAGCCUCCUUACCCCUAGUCUCCAUCUCCCACGGACGAAUAUCUGAGGUGAAUGCUUUGUAACCACACACAGGAUACUGCCCAAGAUCCCGCGGGUGUUUUCUUCUCGGGUGUGAGAGGUAGGAUUGGAUUCGUGUUCGUCAUUUUGGAAGAUGAAAGAAAGUUAAGAAGAAUAACACAAAGCACAGACUCCAGUGUGAUGAAACAUUUGAUGGUUUCUCUAAGUCACAGACAAACCUCUACAAUCAAAUGGCUAUAGUUAAUUAAAAGCAAGAAAUAAAAGGAAACAGGAACCGUAUAUCUCAGAUGGCUGGCUUUACCUCGAUAGCAUAAGAAAGACCUAAGACAAUGUAAAAUACAUAGAUUGUAAAAUCAUCUUUCCUUGUACUUCUAAUUCAGCUAUAGAAGUCGAUUCCCAUAUUUUUUUGUCAUCAAUAUUUAUUUUAUACUUUAU